AUGCAGUCAUGGGCUGGCUCCAUGACUGGCAGAGGCAGUCGGUUGCUUGUCCGCGCCUUCAAUCCAUUAACUCCGCCAACUUGUCGAUACUUCUCAGUCUCCUUGCCAUUUCAACGAUCCAAGCGAAAUUCUAAGGCGAAAUCCAAGCCCAACGAGGCUGGCGGUCACGAUGGGCUCGAUAAAUCCUUGAAGAAAAAGUCCGCCGCGACCAGACAAUCUACUCGGCAGGAUAUUGCAGCGACGCGAGACUUUAGCAGGGUAGUUGAAGCAGCCUUGCGGGAUAUCAAACAUCGAAUGCAGAAUACGAAUCAACUACCGGACUCGUGGGGCAAAUUUGAACGCCAAAUACAAAAUGCUUGCCGUGUGGACGAGGGCAAAGUCACGGACAAACACGACUCAGCAAAUCCUUAUCGGCGCACUAAGGUGGCUUUACAGAAGGCGUACCUACGAUCUGGCGACCAUGGCCUACGAGACGAACUUGAAUACUUACUAUAUGCCGAUAGCUUAACGGCCUUGUACUCCUUGCCGAAUUUGGAGGGCCAGCAAGAGGUGGCCGAUUGUCGCUAUCCGGCGGAAUGGUAUCCGCGCGCACGCUCGAUUCAGCGAACAAUACAUCUGCACGUUGGUCCAACCAAUUCAGGAAAAAAGUAUCAUGCAUUGAAGCGGUUGGAGGGGUGCAAGUCGGGCUUCUAUGCGGGGCCAUUGCGAUUGCUGGCCCAGGAAGUAUACCAUCGCUUCAAAGACAAAGGGAUCCCUGUCAGUCUGGUGACGGGAGACGAUGUCAAGCUUCCAGAAAAGGGUGAGACACCCCGUGUUAUCAGCAACACGGUGGAAAUGGUUGGCUUGGGUCGCGAGUUUGAUGUUGGUGUCAUUGAUGAGAUUCAGAUGAUCGCCAACCCUAAACGUGGCUGGGCAUGGACUCGGGCGCUUCUGGGUGCACAGGUCAAGGAGUUGCAUUUGUGUGGUGAGACGCGUGCAGUUCCCCUUAUUCGGGAACUAUGCGCGCUUACGGGCGAUACCCUCGAGAUUCAUCGCUAUGAACGGCUCAAUCCCCUCCAAGUUAUGCCCCACAGCCUCAGAGGCAAUCUGAACAAACUCGAGAAGGGUGACUGCAUUGUUUCAUUCUCAAGAGUUGGCAUUCAUGCUCUUAAAGCCGACAUUGAGAAGCUGACUGGUCGCCGCGUGGCAAUCGUCUACGGUGGCCUUCCUGCCGAGAUUCGGACUCAGCAAGCUAGUCUUUUUAAUGACCCAGAUAACGACUACGAUUUCCUUGUGGCCAGUGAUGCCAUUGGUAUGGGGUUAAACCUGAGCUGCAAGCGCAUCAUUUUCGAAACUCUCAUCAAACGAACUCCGAGUGGCUUACAACGUCUUUCGGUCCCUGAAAUCAAACAGAUAGGCGGACGGGCUGGGCGUUAUCGCCCAGCUACGGCCCACAGCGGCACGGAAGAUUCAUCGGAGCCCAACAUUGGCCUCGUCACUUGUAUCGAAGAAGUUGAUUUGCCUUAUAUCCAACAAGCCAUGAACACGGAGCCACCACCACUACGGGCCGCAGGAAUUUGGCCCCCUGAUUUUGUCUUCCACAAAUUCGCAUCAUACUUCCCAAGAAGUGUUCCUUUCGAGUAUUUGAUCAAGCGACUGAUGGAGCUCGCUCAGGUCAAUCCACUCUUCUUCAUGUGUGAAACGGAAAGUCAGCUCCAGAAUGCGGAGAUUAUCGACACUGUCGAAGGCUUGCAGAUUCAAGACCAGCUUACCCUGAUGGCCGCACCAAUGGAAACUAAAGAUCAGCCCUCGCGAAUGGUGUGCGGAUCUUUUGCUGAUUGUGUGGCCGAGAAUACGCGUGGUCGGUUGCUGGAUAUUCCCAGUCUGGACCUUGAAAUUCUCGAACAGGGAGUUUCUGGAAACAAGGAAUACAUGCAUGCACUCGAAAGUCUUCACAGAUCAAUCAUUCUCUACUCGUGGCUGAGCUUCCGGUUUGGGGGUAUAUUCACUGAUAGAACUCUUGCGGCUCAUGUCAAGGAGCUUGUUGAAGAGCGAAUGAUCCGGGCAUUGACUGAAUUCUCAGCCAAUAAGAAGCUUCGAAAGAAUGCUUCCCUCAGACGCCAGAUCGCGAUGCAGAAGCAGAAACUUGAUCAGAUGCGCAUCAUUUCGGAUGCGGACCUGAUGUCUCCCCAUGGCGAAGGCGAAGAUUUGGAACAAGUGGAUUUGUCCAAGGACGAUUCUACUGAAGAUCAGCCAACGUCUUCUGGAGACGACAGCUAUGAUGAAAGUCCUUUUGAAGAAAGCCCAGAAGGUGGAUUCAGUGACAGUCUUCCCGAGGAUGAUCUCAUUGAAGGCAGCAGCUUCAGGUUGACCGAAGAUGUGACAUCAAGCGUUACUGAGUUUGCGACAAGCUUAUCUGCCAUCCUUAUCGGUGGCGACGCCGGCCAGACUGAUUUUCCGCCGCAUCUGCUCUUUGCCUGUCCUCUCGCCGGUGGAUACACUCUCCUUCUUCUUCACUGGCCAUCUGGGCGCGUCAAUAUGGACGACCUAGAGUCGCUGGAGCUGCUGUCGCUCGUCUCGCGGGUGACAACAGAGCUCCAGAACUACCUGGGCAUCAAUGACAAAACGUUGGCGGAAUUUGUGAUCGAUCAACAUCUCAAAUGCAACGGCUCAUUCCUGGAAUUCAAGAAGCUUCUCGACGAGAUGGGUGCUGAAUUUCCGUCAAGCCUAAUGGAGAGUAUUGAUCGGUUGGUGCUGACGAUGCAUCCAAAAUACAAGGGGAAGAAGCAUGAAAAUGGCGAUUCGGGAUCUGGGGGCGACAAUAUUAUGGACGAACUGGACGCUUUAGAGAAAAAGUCGCGUGUCUUCAAAGGGCUUGCUGUACCAGAUGGCAAGCGAAGCUGGGAGGGAGAUGAUUACCUCGAUCAACCGGCCGAUGAAAGGGCCGAUGCGCCAGAUGGUGCGAUGGAUGACACAUUCGCUAUGCUUGAGGGUCUAGCUGGAAAGGCAAAGGACAGCAAACACGGCGCUUCCAGAGACGAUCGCGGCAGCAGGAAAAGAACGCGAAGUCCCGACCAUGACGACUACGACCGAGGGCGUCGUCACCGAGACAAGUACCGCUCACGAUCACGCAGCCCUUACCGACGUUCCAAGAAUGACGAUUUUAUCGAUGAGUUUGGAAGGUCUAUUGGGAAAUAUGGGGAUCAAGACGCGAGUCGGAACGGUUACAGCGAUCGGCGGAAACCCCGAGAUCGCGAGAGAUUCGACGAUGACGAGUUCCGACGACCCCCGCCUGUUGAACUCGACGAUGCGCCCGUGCUCUACAAAAUUUAUGACGGACAAGUGACGGGUGUGAAAGAUUUCGGUGCUUUUGUUAACUUGCGCGGGGUCAAGGGCAAAGUCGAUGGACUUGUUCACAUCUCUGCAAUGCAGGAAGGAGCACGAGUAAACCAUCCUUCGGAUCUGGUCUCGCGUGGACAGCCAGUCAAGGUCAAGGUUGUCAGUAUCCAAGGAAGCCGGAUCGGGCUGUCGAUGAAGGAGGUUGAUCAAGUCUCAGGGAUGGAUCUUGUCCCGCAAAAGCGCUUGGCGUCCGGGGCAAAUAUGGAACGCCUCGAUGGCGGGUCAGGCCCUGACAGAUACGGGAAUUUAAGCUCAGAGGUGCCGGUCAUCGAAGGAUCUCAUAGCCAGCCCACGAGGAGCCGGAAACGGAUGACGUCCCCGGAGAGAUGGGAGAUCAGACAGCUUAUUGCAUCCGGUGUCGCGUCCGCUGCUGAUUAUCCCGAUCUCGAGGAAGAGUAUCACGCUACUCUGAAGGGUGAAGGUACUUUCGAAGAGGAGGAAGAUGUCGAUAUCGAAGUCCGAGAUGAGGAGCCUCCUUUCUUGGCUGGACAAACGAAACAAUCGCUCGAGCUUUCGCCCAUUCGAGUCGUGAAGGCACCCGAUGGCUCUAUGAACCGUGCGGCUAUGUCUGGCACGAAUCUUGCCAAGGAAAGACGUGAAUUGAAACAGUCAGAAGCUCAGGACAAAGCUGCUGAAAGAGCUGCGCAAGUUGACCUUAAUGAACAGUGGCAGGAUCCCAUGGUCGCCCCAGAGGAUCGCAAGUUUGCCGCAGACCUCCGCACCACGCAACAAAAGCAAGAUGAACCAGUUCCUGAGUGGAAGAGGGUCACGAUGGGCAAGAAUGUGUCUCUCGGAAAGCGAACGGACAUGCCCAUCAAACAACAACGGGAGAGCUUGCCUGUGUUCAAAUUCCGCAAGCAACUUCUGGAUGCCGUCAGAGACAAUCAAUUGAUGAUUGUCGUUGGUGACACAGGAUCUGGAAAGACCACACAGUUGACACAAUACCUGGCGGAGGCCGGUUAUGGAAAUAACGGCAUCAUUGGCUGUACUCAGCCCCGACGUGUUGCUGCUAUGUCAGUUGCGAAACGUGUAUCAGAGGAGGUCGGUUGCAGACUAGGUGCCGAGGUGGGAUACACGAUUCGUUUCGAGGAUUGCACAAGCCCGGAGACCAAGAUCAAGUACAUGACCGACGGCAUGCUCCAGAGAGAGAUUUUGAUGGACCCAGACCUCAAGAGGUACUCUGUGAUCAUGCUUGACGAAGCGCACGAGCGAACCAUUGCCACGGAUAUUUUGUUCGGCCUGCUCAAGAAGACCAUCAAACGACGGCCGGACCUUCGGCUGAUUGUCACUUCUGCGACAUUGGAUGCCGAGAAAUUUUCAGAAUACUUCAACGGAUGUCCUAUCUUCUCUAUCCCAGGACGAACAUUCCCUGUGGAGAUUAUGUAUUCCAAGGAGCCUGAAUCGGACUAUCUGGAUGCUGCCCUCAUUACGGUGAUGCAGAUUCAUCUGACCGAAGCCGCCGGUGAUAUCUUGGUGUUUUUGACAGGCCAAGAGGAGAUUGACACCGCAUGCGAAAUUUUGUACGAGCGUAUGAAGGCUCUUGGGCCAUCCGUGCCCGAGCUGGUCAUCCUUCCCGUCUAUUCUGCACUUCCCAGCGAAAUGCAAAGUCGAAUCUUCGAGCCCGCUCCGUCAGGAGGCCGCAAGGUUAUCAUCGCGACCAACAUUGCGGAAACAUCCAUCACCAUUGACAAUAUUUACUACGUCAUUGAUCCUGGUUUUGUAAAGCAGAAUGCCUAUGAUCCCAAGCUUGGUAUGGACUCGCUUGUUGUCACCCCCAUCUCUCAAGCGCAAGCGAAACAACGAGCCGGCCGUGCCGGCCGAACAGGCCCAGGAAAGUGUUUCCGGCUAUAUACUGAAGCCGCCUAUCAAUCUGAGAUGAUUCCCACAACGAUUCCUGAAAUUCAGCGGCAAAACCUCUCCCACACCAUUCUCAUGCUGAAAGCCAUGGGCAUUAAUGAUCUUCUCCAUUUCGAUUUUAUGGAUCCUCCGCCCACAAAUACCAUGUUGACCGCUCUUGAAGAAUUAUACGCCCUGUCGGCUCUGGACGACGAAGGUUUGCUCACCCGCCUGGGCCGUAAAAUGGCAGACUUCCCCAUGGAGCCUGCUCUUGCCAAGGUACUCAUCGCAUCUGUUGAUAUGGGAUGCUCUGAGGAGAUCCUCAGCAUUGUCGCCAUGUUAUCCAUCCAGUCUGUCUUCUAUCGCCCGAAGGAAAAGCAACAACAAGCCGACCAGAAGAAAGCCAAAUUCCAUGACCCCCACGGCGACCAUCUCACCUUGCUGAACGUUUACAACGGAUGGAAGAACUCCAAGUUCAACAACGCCUGGUGCUAUGAAAACUUCAUUCAGGCCCGUCAGAUUCGUCGUGCUCAGGAUGUUCGUCAGCAACUUCUUGGAAUUAUGAAUCGUUACCGUCACAAGAUCUUGUCAUGCGGACGCGAUACGACGCUAGUGCGACAAGCACUGUGUACUGGUUUCUUCCGGAAUGCAGCUCGCAAGGAUCCGCAGGAGGGUUACAAGACACUUGUGGAGGGCACGCCAGUGUACAUGCACCCCAGUUCCGCCCUCUUUGGCAAGCCCGCCGAGCAUGUCAUCUAUCACACCUUGGUGUUGACGACCAAGGAGUACAUGCAUUGUACCACUGCAAUUGAACCAAAAUGGCUCGUCGAGGCGGCGCCGACCUUCUUCAAGGUGGCGCCCACAGAUCGAUUGUCGAAGCGCAAGAAGGCGGAGCGCAUCCAACCUCUCCACAACCGGUUCGCCGGCGAGGACGAUUGGCGUCUUUCCGCGCAGCGUCGACAAGGCAGAGGUGGUGGCGGUGGUACAUGGGGUUAG